AUGGAAACAAGAACGGAAAUUGAAGAAGGGGAAACCAGUGAAAUAGAUAUCUCGUCUUUUUUAUAUAAUAAAGACAACGACGAUAAUGAAAGCGACAGCGAUGCACUUUUUAUUUCGAAGCAGGUGCAAGCUGUUAAUAGAAAGAAAAAAAAGUCAGGGGGGUUUCAGUCAAUGGGACUGAGCUACCCGGUAUUUAAAGCCAUACUCCACAAAGGAUAUAAAGUGCCAACACCAAUACAACGAAAAACAAUCCCGUUAAUCAUGGACGGAAAUGAUGUGGUAGGAAUGGCACGUACAGGGUCUGGCAAAACUGCGGCAUUUCUGAUCCCGAUGUUGGAGAAAUUGAAGGCACAUUCUGCAAAGGUCGGUGCUCGUGCAAUCAUAUUAUCGCCGUCACGCGAGCUCGCUCUACAGACACAAAAAGUGUGCAUCGAACUUGCAAAGUACACCGAUUUACGAACGUGUAUUUUAGUCGGUGGCGAUAGUUUGGAAGAUCAGUUUGUAAUGAUUGCUAACAAUCCUGACAUUAUAAUCGCUACUCCAGGACGCUUAUUACAUUUAAUUGUAGAGAUGGAUAUGGAUCUUGGCACAAUUCUACAUCGAUUACCUGCUUCGCGACAGACACUAUUGUUUUCCGCGACGCUUCCGAAAACUUUGGUUGAUUUUGCAAAGGCUGGAUUACAAGAUCCGACAUUAAUCAGAUUAGAUGUAGAGUCGAAGAUUAGCUCGGAUCUUCAGAUGGCGUUUUUUGCAGUAAAACCAACAGAGAAGGAAGCAACACUUUUUUUCAUACUUCAAGAGAUCAUCAAAGUUCCAAAAUCCACAAACCUCAACCUUCCUCCUCCUUCCUCCUCUUUAAUUCAUGAUGUCACAAAUCCCUCCAAAAAGAAAAAGCAAUCGGCAAAUAAUAAUAAUCAUCAAAGCAAUCCUCCACUUACACAACACCAAACAAUAAUUUUCGUAGCGACAAAACAUCACGUUGAAUAUCUCGCUAAUCUCUUACUCGAAGCCGGCUACGCAGCAUCAUAUAUCUACGGAUCACUCGAUCAGACCGCGCGUAAAAUACAAAUAUCGCGUUUUCGGGACGGCAUGACAAAUUUGUUGAUUGUGACGGAUGUCGCGGCGCGUGGUAUCGAUAUCCCGAUUUUGGAGAAUGUGAUCAAUUAUGAUUUUGUGGAUGGGAGUAAAAUUUUUGUGCAUCGUGUGGGAAGAACAGCGAGAGCUGGAAGGCCUGGAUGGGCUUAUUCUCUAGUAACCCCUGAAGAGUUUCCGCAUCUUUUGGAUCUUCAACUUUUUCUUAGUCGACCCCUAGUAAUUGGAUCUCAAUUGGUUGGCAGCGGCAGCAAUGAACCCAAUUACGCUUCAGAGAUAGUAAUCGGAGGUUUACCCAGAGACAAUAUUGACUCGAACAUCGAAUGGGUAAAGAGUAAACUCAUAGAGAAUAGUAAUCUCGAGACAUUAAAGAAUGUAGCGAAUAACGGGUACAAACAAUACUCAAAGUCCAGAUCAUCUGCCGCGUCCGAAACCGAUAAGAUAAAUAUCAAGGAAAAAGAACGGCUGAAUCUAAUAAAUUCAAUCACAAAUUUCCGUCCUAAUGAGACAAUAUUCGAGAUAGGUAAUCGCGGAAUUAAAAAAGCUUCAGUAGCGGGAUUAGUUAUGAAGCAACGACGUGACGUAGUCAGUAAAACUAUCGAAACUUUUAAGACGUCUCAAGAAAAAAAUAAUAUCAAACAAACACAACUAAACGCUUCUGAUGAUGACAAUAAUAAAGAAAAGAAAGACGAGAUUAAAAGUGGAAUUAUUAAAUUAAUGGACUCGAAAUCCAAUUUAGAAGAUAAUAGUAAUAAUAACAAACGAAAAGCGAAAGAUACUGCGAACUCAAAUGCCUCGAAAAAACAAAAAAAGGACAAUUAUCGAGAUGAGGAAUAUUAUAUUCCGCAUUUCCAAAAUGACGCGAAUACUGAAAAAGGGUACUCUAUGACACAAGGCACCUCUUUUGCAGAACAAGCGCAAAAAGCUAUUUUGGAUCCACAGGGCGAUGAAAAAUCCACCAUACGAGACAGAAAGAACGCGUAUAGAUGGGACGCUAAGAAGAAAAACUUUGUCCGCGGGCUGGGAAUUGGCGCGGACAAUAAAAAAUUGAUAAAGACUGAGAGUGGGAUUCGGAUUCCGGCUACUUAUAAGAGUGGAAGAUUCAAAGAAUGGCAACAACAAAACAAACUCGAGAUACCACGAACUGGAGAACGAGAACUUAGCACCGUAAAAGUGGAUGCGAAGCGAUUCCGACAUAACAAAAUCACAGUGCCUAAGCCAUUGGAUCCUUUGUCGAAAAAUUAUUCAAAGAAAUUGAAAAAAAUGCAAAAAUCCAAUGUUCAUAAUAAUAACGACGAUGAAGAUAAUGACGGAAAGAAAAAAUCUCAUAAUAUUAAACCGCCGAAUAUUCCUAUGCGUGGCGUAAGGAGUGAACUAAAGACCGUUGAUCAGAUUAGGAAGCAACGACAAAUCAAGCAAAAGAAACAUGCAAAGAAUUCUAGACCUAAUAAACGGAAACAUGUCAAAUAA